GUAUGAUUGACAAGCGGGAUCUAAGAUGGCGGCGUGUGGAGCUAUGUUGUGCCGGGGAGCGGUGGGAAGCCCUCUUGGGGUUUGGCAGAGUUUAGCAAAAAACAAAAUACAGCCAGUUACUUGGAUUCGACAGAAAUUUACAAAGUCACGAAUUCCAGAAUGGGUAUUUCAGCCAAAACCUGGUGAUCAUGAAAAAUAUGGUGGUGAUCCCCAGCAGCCUCACAAAUUGCACCUUGUCACUAGGAUCAGAAGUGGAAGAAGGCGUCCUUAUUGGGAAAAGGAUAUGCUAGCAUGUCUUGGAUUGGGAAAACGGUUCGAACCUGUAGUGCACAAAAACAUUCCUUCUGUGAAUUCAAAACUGAAAGUUAUCAAACACCUAGUAAGCAUAAAGCCAUUAAAACUACCCCAUGGAAUUCCUACUGAAGAGGAGAUGUCUGAUGUUUAUCUUAACAGCAAAGGAGAACUAAUAAUUCGCCGUCAUCUACAACCAGUGGAACAGAAAACCAUAGACUCUUCAUAAUGUGUAGUGAAUUUGUAUAAUAAAUAUAAUCUUCAUUUGAAAGUUG